AUGAGCAUGGAAAAUACAGAGACGCCCCCGCGUGUAAAUCGAUCCAAUCAAGCUCUGCAUCCACUUAUAAAGGGCCUUCCGCGCCUGGCAACAGGGCUCGGGGCGCAGGGCUCCAGAGAGGGCACUCCAACGCGUCCAAACUACUACAACACACCUUCGACAUCCAAUUAUUCGCAUUUCCAAGUCCCAGCUCUGAGUCAGACUCAGCAGAUUCAAAAGCUAUUCGAGCUCAAUCCGGAUUUGCAGCAACUCCAGAAUGCAGCGAACAAGGCGACAGAGAUUUUGGACGACGAGGAAGGUGAAGAGCUCGACGAUGAGCAGUUGGCAGAGUCGACUGCCAAAGAAAACCAAUAUCUGUUGCUGCAGAGCAUGAGUGCAGAACAAGCAGAGAGAUUUGACGUCUUUAAACGAUCGGGUCUCAACAAGGCUGCAAUCAAGCGGGUGGCCGCUCAGAGCGACCACCAGAUGAGCAACGGUGUUGCACAGCUUGUUGCAGGUGUUGGGAAGAUUUUCGUUGGGGAAAUUAUGGCAAAAGCUCGUGAUGUUCAAUAUCGUCGCAACGAGACAGGUCCCCUCACUCCAGAACACUUGCGGGAGGCCUACCGCCAGUACAAGCAAGAAACCGGGAAUAUCGGCCCAGCUAAACCACUACGAGGCAAACGUCUUUUUCGACGAUAA